UGCGCUGUAUAAGUUCGGUAGCGCGCAAGGGGUCGGCGGAGACUUGCGGUGCGGCGGGUUCAAGGAAGGGCGAAAGGGACACGGGUUUGUAUCGUUGCGUCCGGUCAGCUGUCUCUACCGGUGUCUGUCUGUCUGUCUGCCGUCGUAAGGAUGCGCGCGCUCGCCGUCAUUGUUCUGCUGGCUUUCGUCGGCGGGUCUGCGGCCGACACACCGGCCAACUGCACCUACGAGGACCUGCUGGGCACCUGGAUCUUCAGCGUGUACGACGUGGGCCACGAUCGAGGCAUCAACUGCUCCGGCACGGGAAAGUCUGUGAAGACGGUGACCGUGGACCUGCAGAAGCUGUCUGUAUCUGUGGAUGAUCUGGGUCACACUGGGUUCUUCACUCUCAUCUAUAACCAGGGCUUUGAAGUGGUGAUCAAUGACUACAAAUGGUUCGGGUUUUUCAAGUACUCUCAGCAGGGUUCACAGGUGACCAGUUACUGUGAUCAGACGCUGCCCGGCUGGGUUCACGAUGUUUUGGGGAAUAACUGGGGCUGUUUCACCGGGAAAAAGGUGCAGCCCAUUCCACCCCGAAUCGACGACAAUCACAUGCUUGGACUCCAACACCAACUGCUCAUGAAGCUGACGUACACGAACAACGUGAGGUUUGUGGAUCAGAUAAACUCCGUUCAGAAGUCUUGGAAAGCGACGGCGUACAGCCUCCACGAGACCCUCACCAUACAGGAGAUGCUGAGAAGAUCAGGAGGUCAUGCUUCUCGCAUACCACGACGUGUCAGGCCUGUGACGGUUUCUGCAGACAGUAAGAUGGCAGCCGGUCUUCCAGAACACUGGGACUGGAGAGACGUGAACGGAGUCAAUUAUGUCAGCCCUGUCCGCAACCAAGCUCAAUGCGGCAGCUGCUACUCUUUCGCCACUAUGGGAAUGCUUGAAGCUCGAGUCCGAAUCCAGACGAACAACACGCAGCAGCCGGUGUUCAGUCCGCAGCAGGUCGUGUCCUGCUCCUGGUAUUCUCAAGGUUGUGACGGAGGUUUUCCAUACCUGAUUGGUAAAUACAUCCAGGACUUUGGCAUUGUGGAAGAAGACUGUUUCCCGUACACUGGGGACGAUUCUCCUUGCAAAGUACCUGAGAAAUGCUCAAGGUACUACGCCUCCGAUUAUCACUACGUGGGAGGGUUUUACGGCGGCUGCAGCGAGGCGGCCAUGAUGCUGGAGCUGGUCAGGAGCGGCCCCAUGGGCGUGGCCCUGGAGGUGUACCCGGAUUUCAUGAACUACAAGGAGGGCAUCUACCAUCACACCGGCCUCCGUGACUCCAUCAAUCCCUUUGAGCUGACCAAUCACGCCGUGCUGUUGGUGGGGUACGGGAAGUGCCAUAAGACCGGCGAGAAGUACUGGAUCGUGAAGAACAGCUGGGGAAGCGGGUGGGGCGAGAAUGGGUUCUUCAGGAUCCGUCGAGGAACGGAUGAAUGCGCCAUCGAGAGCAUUGCUGUAGCUGCUACACCAAUCGCCAAACUGUAGACGGUAUAGACGCGCGGCCUGGUGAAGUUUUUCGAUUUUAAUUGAGUAUUUUGGCAAUUCUAAAAAAAGGGAUUUUUUUUUUUUUGAGAAGUUGUAAACUUCUCAGUUGUUUGGUGAAAUGGCCUUUUUAGGUCCCUUUUAGUUGCAAAUGUUUUAAUCGUGAAAUGACAAGUCUCUAGAUUUGAUUCACUCUAAUUUCCCAACUUUUCAUACAUUUUAUGAAGCUUAAGUUAAUUCCGGCUUCACGGUUCUCCUCUUUAGUUGUCAUUUUGGUCUUGUUUUACAUGAAUCGACAUCAUCUCCGUCUCCAGAGCUUUGGCUUUCUCUUGCAGACCUCUAGGGAAUUUAUUCAUCUUCUGUGCCUUUUACUGUUCUUUUUGGCAGCCCUUUAAGGAAUAAUGGUGAGGCCAUUCAGUUUCUGCCUCUGCAGAUUCCCUGGUUGUCACUUGGGAAAACUCCAGAUUCGGCCUGCCUUCGAUCACCUGCUCUUUCGAUUGUCGCUUUCACCCAAAACCAACCCAGUCUAGAGUAUGGUUUUAAGUUGAUCUGAAAGUUUUCAUUUUUGUACGUCCUGUCUUUUUAGAUUUUGCAGUGCCGUGUUUUGCUGCAACUGACCUGAUGCCUCAAUAUGUUCGUAAUUUUCUACUUCAACGCACAAAGUUGAUCCGUCCUUCUUUGCUUUAUUCAUGUGGAUUUCCACAAGGACUCUAUGUAUGAUUUAAAAAAAAAAAUCAUAAUAAUAAUAAUACCCUUUCGUGUUGGAUCUGUGCUAAUGAAUGUCGGGUGCUUUCAGGUGCUGCUUAUGUGUUUUUAAGAAAAAAGGAUUUUAGUUUUUCAUUGAUCCAUGUGGGCUCUGAAUGUCACAUUUACACUCUGCCUUGUAAAUUUUUACACCGCUCUUUUAAUCUGACACGGUCACUUUGUAUUUAGGGAAUGUCAAGUUGGCAGUUUCUCUCAGGAAAAUCAGUACUUGUGGUUUAAUGAACAAUCACUUGAGUCCUUUGCCAACGUUUAAGCUGCUCAGGACCGUUUAAAUCCUAUGGUUUACCACAAUUUCAGAUUUUUGCCUUUUUUGUGCUCCUGUACGUGUCAUGAUUUUUAAUAAAGUUGCUUUUAAGGUA